AUGGCGAGAACAAACCAAUUCGCCCACGGCACCUACACCUACAAUCACGUCUGUGGUUGUUACUUCUCGGGACAAUUUGGUAAUCGCAGCUACUUUCCCCAGGUCCGACUUGAAUCGCACGCUACAAUCAAUCCGGUCUGCUUCACCACGGAGCUCACACAGACCUUUCACAACCCCAACUCAGAGGAGAUCCCGCAAUGCCGCUACACAUUCCCGCUCUUCGAUGGCGUCGCCGUCAACGGCUAUACCAUCAGCUACGCGGACAAGGUCUUGCGAGGCAUCGUCAAGCAGAAAGAUGUUGCCAAACAAACCUACCAGGCAGCCGUUGAUCGAGGUGAAACAGCUGGGCUUCUGGAAUCUCUGCCUGCCGGAGUGUUUGGUGUCACCCUUGGCAAUGUACCACCAAAGACUGACAUCAUCGUACAAAUAGCCUACUGCGGUGAGCUCAAGCACGACGCCGGGAUCGAUGGCUUGCGCUACAUGCUACCCAACAGCAUAGCUCCUCGCUACGGGAACUACCCCGGCCAGGUGCUUCAAUCCAACACCGUCAACCAGGGCGGUAUCAAGAUAACUGUCGAUGUCGAUAUGGCCAAGUCCACCAUUUGGAAGGCGCAGUCACCCAGUCACCCGAUUGCUUUGUCAAUGGGCGAGCUGUCCACAUCGCCUCAAGGGUCAGCAUUCUCGCCUUCUCGAGCCUCAGUCACAUUGACACAGGGCUCCACUGAGCUCGACGACGACUUCAUACUGCAGCUGGUCAUUGAUGAAAUCAGCAAGCCUCAAGCCAUCGUGGAGACCCAUCCUGCUUUGCCAGAGCAAAGGGCAAUCAUGACAACCCUCGUGCCGAAAUUCGUUUUGGAGCCAGCUCAUCCCGAGAUAAUCUUCAUUGCCGACCAGAGCGGUAGUAUGCGAGGUACAAAGAAUCAAGCACUCGUCUCCGCGCUGAAAGUAUUCCUCAAAUCUCUGCCUUUGGGAGUCCGCUUCAACAUCUGCGCCUUUGGCAGUGCCUUCCAAUUCCUUUGGCCAAAGUCACAGGCCUACAGCGAAGAUAGCCUCCAGGCAGCAAUCGACUACGUGGACAGCUUUGCAGCUCACUAUGGUGGCACCGAGAUUCUAAAGCCUAUCAAGGCCGCCUUUGAGCGACAUCUGAGCGAUCUGCCGCUGGAAGUGAUGCUGCUCACUGAUGGCGAGAUCUGGGGAGAGGACCAUGUCUUCUCGUACAUCAACGAGCAGAUCGGGAAGGGCGUCGACGCGAGAGUCUUUGCCCUCGGUAUUGGCCAAGACGUCUCACACACACUUGUCGAAGGUGUUGCCAGAGCAGGCAACGGCUUCGCUCAAUUCGUGACCGAGGACGAGGAAAUCGAUCAGAAGGUCAUUCGAAUGCUGAAAGGCGCGCUGUACGCCCAUACCACGGACUAUUCUCUGGAGGUAACCUACGGCAAUGACUCUACUUCUGGUACCGACGACGACUUCGAGAUAAUUGAGAAAGUCAAUGACUGUCUGGUCAUUGACGAGCCGGCGGUCGCUUCAAAGCGGUCACAGGACCAAGCCGCAGGCCAGCAACCCAAAUCAUUCUUCGACAUUUCUGCAGAUCUUGACAAGCCGACCAAGAUUGAAGCCAACUCAGCCAAUCGAUAUGCGCAUCUGCCGUCAAUUGACUUCCCGAAAGUGCUACAAGCCCCGUCGAAGAUCCCGUCCUUGUUCCCAUUCGACAGGACCACGGCUUAUCUACUCCUUGGUCCGAAGUCAACUCAAAAGAACAUCCUCUCCGUCACCUUGCGCGCUCUCUCUCCUGAGGGCCCAUUGGAGCUCACCAUCCCCAUCGAAGGCCACCAGGUCGGAACCAGCAUCCAUCAGCUCGCAGCUCGCAGAGCCAUCCAAGACCUCCAGGAGGGUCGUGGUUGGCUACAAUCUGCCAAGAUUUGGGAGAAUGCUUCGGUGAAAGAGAAGUUCGAAAGUCGCUUCGACGAGAUCGUUGAGCGCGAAUGUGUCAGACUUGGCGAGAAGUUCCAGGUUGCAAGCAAGUGGACUUCGUUUGUGGCCGCGCAAGACCAUGCCCAGGGGGAGCUUCAAGGCCCAGACGUCGAAGAGGAAAUCGCUCCUGGUGCCAGCGGUCCAAGGCGUGGAAAGCAUCUCACCAAUGCGAGAAAGACCCUGCCUUUUGCCGCCUUUGGGGGCUCUUCUUGUGUCCCCCAAGCCCCAGCUCUUGCAGCUCCUCCCUUUCCUCCUUCGGCCGCAGCCCCGCCACCAUAUUCGGGAAUGCCAGUUGCUGCUCGCAUGCCUAAUUCGCCUUUUGCCUGCUUUGGGAACGCUUCUUCUGUCCCGCAAGCGCCAGCUCUCGCCGCUCCUCCCGCUACCCCUUCGGCCGCAGCGCUGCCACAGCAUCAGCAAAUGCCAUCCGCUGCUCGCAUGCAUAAUUCGCCUUUUACCCUCUUUGGGAACUCUUCUUCCGUCCGGCAAGCGCCAGCUCUUGCAGCUCCUCCCGUUCCCCCUUCGGCCGCAGCCCCGCCACCGUAUUUGCCAAUGGCAAUGGCUGCUUGCAUGCCUAUGCCCGCUCAAUUCGAUGUGGAUCUCAUGCUUGACACCAGCAAGAAGAAGAAGAGAGGAGGUCUUGCGGCGAGGACGCCACUCGCGCGUAGGGCAGCCAGGGUAUCCGCACCUGCCCCGGCGGUUCACGAUUUCAGGGCAGAUUUCCCGGCUGCCCCUAGCACCGAAGGCGUUCCAAACCCACAUGGACCUACCAUGCACAAGUUGAUUGGCCUGCAGACCUUCUCUGGAGCCUGGGUCUGGAAUGAGGAAUUCUUAGACUUGAUCGUUCACGGCGGCGACGAUAAAGAUGGCCAGAACAUUGAUCGGACGAAAUUUGGGAACGAUGCUGAUUCCACGGCGACGGCAUUGGCCAUUGCGUUUCUGGAGCAGUUUUUGAGUGAGAAGAAGGAUGUGUGGGAGAUGGUUGCUUCGAAAGCGAGAGGUUGGCUUGCGAAGCAGUUGGGCGUUAAUGCGGCUAAGGUUGAAGAGCUGGUUCGGGUUGCUGCUGGGUAUCUUUGA